AUGGCGAGAACGGUCGUGAUUCUCGGGGCCUCUGUAACGGGGCUUCCCAUUGCUCAUUAUCUCCUCAAGCACACGGCCGACAAAGUCGAGGGUCUUAAAGUUAUUGUUGUCGCUCCAAACACUGACUUCUAUUGGCCAAUUGCUUCCGUACGCGGCAUUCUUCCGGACAUGUUGCCGGAUGACAAGCUCUUCACUCCCAUUGCACCCAGCUUCGCCCAGUACCCGGCUGAGAGGUAUGAGUUGGUGCAAGGUAAGGCUGAACAUCUCGAUAUAAGUAAGAAUAUCGUCGAGGUGCGUGAAAACGACGGCUCGGCACGGAAGAUUCAAUAUGAUGAUCUCGUCAUUGCUACCGGCAGCAGCUUCAAGAGCGGUAUGCCCUUCAAGAACCUCAACUCGACCAAGGAAACCAAGGAUGCUCUGCAUGACUGGGCACAACGCAUCAAGAAUGCCAAGUCAAUCGUUGUGGCCGGUGCUGGCACCACGGGUGUCGAAGUUGCCGGCGAGCUCGGAGAACAGUACGCUGCGAAGGGCCUGAAGCACAUCACACUUGUGUGUGACGAUGAGCUACCACUGGGUACGAAUAUUCGCCGGGACGUACGCGAGGCAGCUAAGAGAGCCCUUGAGCGGCUUCAAGUCAAGGUUAUCGCGAACGCUCGUGUCACGUCCCCAGCUAAUUCUUCAUUCCCGGGCACGGUCACCAUCACCAACAAGUCAUCAAACAGCACGGAGACCCUUCAAGCUGACCUCCUCAUCCCCACAUACGGCAUCAUUCCCAACACCUCCUUCCUUCCACAAUCGAUGCUUGACUCUCGCGGCUUCGUCAAGCAGACUCAGUUCUUGCGGGCCGAAGGACACAAUAACAUCUUUGUGGUCGGCGAUGCUGGUAAUCUUGAGUCUCCACAGGGUGUGCAUGCUGACAAGCAAGCGGUGCAUGCAUCCAAACUGCUGGAGGCGCGGCUUCUUGGUCAAGAGGAGCAAGCAUACCAACCAGAUGAGAGGGUCAUGCUCGCAGUGACGGUCGGUAAGAAUACGGGAACAGGUCAAGUGGGCGGUUGGAAGCUGUGGGGUUGGAUGGUGUGGCUGUUCAAGGCGAGAUACCUUGGCACGGAUUAUGCGGCGGGAAUCGCAAAGGGAGAGAGGACAAUGACAAUGAAGUCAUGGUAA